UGUGGCGGGCCCAAAAUGGCGGCUGAGGGAGUGCGUACCGCUGACGGGGAGAAAGAGGCCGCCGACGCUGCUGUUGCUGCUGCUGAGCCUCCAAGCAACCCCAGCCGGGAGCAGCUCCUGGACUACAUCGUCGACGUUUCCUUGCAGAAGAUUGCGGAAGCGGGCAGCUACCAUAGGUUUGCGAAGUGUUACAGUCGUCUUUACAAAGUGCAACCUGAACUCACCAAGUGUGUUUACAAUCAGUUUAUCUCCCACCUACAAGCCUCCUUUCGGGAGGAGAUCCAGGAUCUGAAGGAAGAAGGGAAUAUCAGUGUGCUCUUUAAAUCACUAGAUGAACUUGCGGAAGAAGCAAAGAAAAGGGUUACACCUGCAUGGCGUCCCAGUGGAAUCCCAGAGGAAGACGUCCACAGUGCUGUUGUGCCGUACCUUCUGAAGCAGCGCAGAUUCCUACAAAAGGCCAUAAAAGAAAAGGAAGAGGUGAACUCACGGUUGGCUGAAGCAGUGCUGGCUGGUCGAAAGAGAAUUGCAGACCUGCAGGAGAAGAUCAGAAAGAGCAAGGAAGAGUGGCAGGCAGUUGCUCAAGAAGGUCAACAGAUCAUGAGCAGCCUUGAUGAGCUUUAGUGAGAAAGCAAAGCCUUGCUGGCUCCUCACGAAUGGAGCCCCAACUGAAAAGAUGCUUUGGAAGGCUAGGAUCCCAGGCCAGGACUUGUAUAAGCUCUGAGGUGGAAUUCCCUGAAGAACUAACAGGCCACAAGUCUACUGCAGUGUGAGACUCACUGGUUUCCAAUUCUUGCAGAGUGUUGCUUUCACAAUCCUGCCGCUGGGCUAUUAAAAAAAAGUAUUUGCUGUUUGUUUGGGACCUGGACUAUAUGACCACACCCUGGACUGUGCAAG